CCUAAUUUGUAAAGCCUUUAGCUGACAACAGUUGACACUUUUUUCUGGUGCAAUAGUUGUAAGCAACAAUGCGAUUAACGUGCAAUGGUUUGUUGUCAACACCGAACCGUUGCUUUGCCACUUGAAGUCAUAUGAGCUGAUCUGGUGAUUAUUGAUCCGAGCUAGUCGCUUAUAGAGCUUUGGAAUGGCUGGGCUUGUGCCGGCCCCAAGCCCUGGAGUAGUGGCCAAGAAGCCAGCAAGGCGCUGUGCUGAGGUUUGUCUAGAGCUGCUGUGCGUGGAAAGCGUGCGGAUCUUUCACGAGAAGCAGAGCGGCCCCGCGGCGGCAGCAGCCCUUGAGGCGGUGGGCUUCCGAGUUGGGCAGCAGUUGGCGGAGAGGUACACCCGCGACAAGCCGCGGCUGGGCGACACGCUGGAGAUCAUCAAGUUCGUGUGCAAGGACUUCUGGCAGGCGCUGUUCAAGAAGCAGGUGGACAACUUGAAAACCAACCACCGGGGCGUCUACGUGCUCCAAGACAACGGCUUCCGAUGGCUGCAGCGCCUCUCGCCCCCCUCCGCCCCCGCCUCCGCAACAGCAGCCGCCGGCGCCCCCGCCUCCUCCGCCGGCUCCCUCCCCCCCGGUGCCGGAGCCGUGGACCCUGCGCGCGAAGAGGCGGUACGGCAGCUGGCACUCAGCCACCUGCACCUGCCAUGCGGCAUCGUGCGCGGCGCGCUGUGCCACCUGGGGGUGAGCUGUAGCGUGGAGGCCGACCCCAAGCAGCUGCCCAGCUGCACCUUCACGGUCCGCAUCAUGGCUUGACACCACCUGGCGCCAUGUCGUGAUACGACGGUGUACGGCAGUCAUGGUGUCGUACGACACCGUUCAGGACCUUCAGGUCACAUGUUGGGUAGCGCUACAUGUUACCGUACAUGCUUGCUGUAUCCGUACUGCGUACGGCAGGUGGUGCACACGUGGUGUCCGGUGUGGUUAGCAUGGCCACUUGGCCGGGCUACCGGGGGAGACCUUGAGCAGCAGCUCGUCAGGGAGACCGGCUUUCCUAGACUGUGGGUCUACAUGUCAGCCCCAGUGCUGUGGGUGCAGCUGAGGAGUCCUUUGGGACGCUAACAGACGAUAUGCGCCGGGCGGCUGAGUGGCUUGCACCCGGCCCGCGCAUGACUUUGCGGCGAUAGAGGAAUCGAGGUGGUGAGCUGGUGACCUCACAGGGCGGUGUUGGAUCCACCAGGUGUGGAUUUUUCUGUCUUGUGGAAGCGGCUGGUACGGCUGGCACGGAUUUUCUCCGGAGAAGUCCGGAGGCGUUGGCAAGCAGUUGGGAAGGAGAAGGCAAGGAGAAGGCCCAUGGGUCGUUCGCCAAGCCUCUCGUUCCUGCCACAGCUAGAUCUCGAGUGGGGGAAGUGUGUGUAGUUGAGCGGAAACAAGAGCAAGCAGUUGGGACAGGUUAGCAUGUGUCUGUGUGUUAGGUAGGUGUGGUAUUACUUGCAUUACUGCACUGACUAUUGCUUGCGUCACUGUCACUGUGCUUCGUCAUGCAGAGCAGACAGCUGCAUCGUCAUGGGUUUUGUAGCUUCUUGGUUUGGAGGUGUGUAGAGAAGAGGAAGGGGACAAUGCCACAUGCACACCGGGCGAAGCUGACAGCACUUCGACCCUCCAGGUGCUCU